UGCUGUGCUUUAAUUUCAUAACACAUAAUAAAUAAAAGACAAGGAAAAAGCUUGGUCCUAUUCCCAGACAAAAUUCUUGGAAGAAAAUGGCUACUCUCAGAGUGCCAGAUGUUGAACCUUCUCCAACCCAAGACUGUGAGAGACUCAGAAAUGCUGUUCAAGGACUGGGGACAGAUGAGAGGGCGAUUAUAUGGAUAUUAGGACGCAGAAAUGCAAGUCAAAGGGGGAAAAUUAGAGAAACCUAUCUGCAGCUUUACAAGGAAUCUCUCAUUGAUCGUCUCCAUUCUGAGCUGUCUGGGGAUUUUAGAAAAGCAGUAAUUUUGUGGACAUAUGAUCCCCCAGAAAGGGAUGCAAAACUGGCAAAUGAAGCAUUGAAAUCAAAGAAGAAAGGCGCAAAAGAACUGCAAGUGAUAGUUGAGAUAGCAUGCGCAAAUUCUCCUCACCAUCUACAGGCAGUAAGGCAGGCCUAUUGCUCUCUUUUUGAUUGCUCCCUUGAAGAGGCCAUUACAUCUGUAGUCUCUUUGCCCCAUAAAAAGCUGUUGGUGGGUAUAGUAAGCUCUUACAGGUAUGAUAAAGAACUGGUGGAUAUGAAUAUAGCCAGCUUAGAGGCAGCUAAAUUGCAUGAAGCCAUCAAAAGAAAGCAACUAGACCAUGAUGAUAUAGUGUAUAUUCUCAGCACUAGGAAUGUGUAUCAGCUUAGGGCGACAUUCAAGUGCUAUCAGCAAAAGUUUGGAAAUCCUAUUGAUCAGGACAUAAAGAGCUGCGGAAAGGGUGAGUUGGAAUCUCUGUUGGAAGUGGUAAUUUGGUGCAUACAAUCCCCAGAAAAGCACUUUGCAAAGGUGAUUGGAACUGCCGUCAUUGGGCUUGGGACAGAUGAAGAUUCACUGACUAGAGCAAUUGUUAGUAGAGCUGAAAUCGAUGCAAUGAAAAUCAGGGGAGAGUACUUCAACCUCUACAAAACUAACCUUGAUGGUGCAGUGAUCGACGACACUUCAGGGGAUUAUAGAGAUUUCUUGAUGACCUUACUUGGUGCUAGAAUCUGACUUCAUCCCCCCUCCACUAAUUUCUGCUUUUAGUUUUAAUAAGAUAAAGAGUGUUAAGCUGGGUUGUAUCAGAACUAAAACUCUCCUGUUCACUUUGUGAUUUAUCUGAUUUGAUGGUAUGUGCAUAAACCUCACAAAUUCCAUUGCCCUUUAUUUAAUUCAAACCAUGUUUAAAACUUUUACAAAUCAA